UAUAAGUUAAGCGUGGUGGAGCUGCCUGACUACCUCGGUACUUCACGCGACCGAUACAAUCACUUGCAGAUGAGCUCAAGUCACAAGCUUCCCAUUUCACUUCCGAUUUCCUUCUUACAUCUCCCUAUAGGCCUACCAUGAAGCCCGCAGACGCAACUUUCAUUAUAUCCGGCGGGUGCUCAGGACUCGGGCUCGAGACAGCCCGUGAGCUCCACCGCGCCGGGGCCAAUGUACUGCUGCUGGACUUGCACCCAGGCCUGGAUGAGGACGCGGUCAAGGAAUUCGGCGCCGACAGAGCGAAAUUCGUGCAGACGGACGUCACCGAUACUUCAAGCAUCGAGUCUGCCGUUGCUUCCGGUGCCGACUGGAUCAAGCAGACCGGGAAGCGGUUUGGAGGAGUUGUUGCGGCUGCCGGUGUUGGAUUACCGUCCAAGAUCUAUGAUGCACGAUCAAAAUCUCCUGUGGAAAUGUCAAGUAUCGACUUCGUCCUGAACGUGAAUCUUCGAGGAACACUUGAUCUGCUCCGUCUCUGUAUCCCCCACCUAGUUCAAAACGAACCUUUCACCGGCGACGGGGAACGAGGCGUGCUCAUCUUGGUCUCCUCAUCUGCCGCCUUCGAUGGUCAGCCCGGCCAGGUUGCCUACUCCGCGUCAAAGGGUGCGAUUGCCUCCAUGACGCUCCCGCUGGCCCGGGAUGUUGCUAGAUACGGCAUUCGUGUGGUCACCAUUGCCCCGAGUCUGUUUGAGAGCAACAUGACCAAAGCUCUCCCCGAAAAGGCGCGGGCGAGUCUUGAGCGCGUGAUGGAGUUUCCGCGCCGGGCAGGAAAGCCCGAGGAAUUCGGACACAUGGUCCGAUCGAGUAUUGAGAAUUCGAUGUUGAAUGGGACUGUUAUCCGGAUUGACGGGGCUAUGAGGAUGCCGAGCAAAAUGUAAAUACUAUAUGCACCGUGUCUUAUAUUCAAGUGAUCAACUGUAUUUUCACAAACUAUAUAUACCUGGGGUUCCAAAGUCAAUGCACAGUAUUUUCUGAACCUACUAUCUUACUAUAUAAUUCAAAC